GGGGCGAUACUGUGGUUGUGUUUGCAUGUGUUGGUUCUGAUUCCCGGGAAGAAGAACACAGCGGAAGUAGCAGCUGAGAACAUGAAUGAACGACAUUGACGCGCAAGACAUGUCUGCAGGUUGUAUGCGGUGGGUGUUGAACCAUGGCGUCAGAGCUGUGUGUGGUGUCACUCCUGGCUCCCGGACCGCAGCAUCAAGGUUUCUCAACUGCAGCGACAGAACAAACAUCAUCUCCUGGAGCUGCUCUUCAUUCUGUACAGCAGCAGAUGAUGAUGCGGAAAAGAAUCCUGCACAGAAGAAAAAAAAGCAGGAUCCCAGAUCUCACACCACGAUCAGCAGCGUCGGCCGUAAGAUCCCGCAGAAACUGAUACACGUGAUAAGCGAGUCGGGCGAGGACAUGGGCAGCAUGCACCGAGCAGAUACGAUCAGAAUCAUGGACGAGCAGGGUCUGAAACUGGUGCUGCUCGAUGAACGCAAAGACCCUCCCACCUACCAGCUGAUGAGUGGCAAACAAAUCCACGAAGAGCAGCUGAAGCUGAGGGAGAAACAGAAAGCCAAACCAGCGUCUGUGCAGGUGAAGGAGCUCAGCUUUUCAUCCGGCAUCGCGUCCCAUGACCUCGGCACCAAGCUGAAACAAGUGGAGAGCUGGCUGGAGAAGAAGCACCAUGUUAGGAUUACUCUGCGAUUGGCACGUGGGAACCCUGCAGGCAACCUGGACACAACUUUGGAGCAGAUGGUGGAACAAUUGGAGGUAAUGGUGGGAUUUGUUUCCAAGCCGACAGUCAUACGUGACGGUAAAGGAGCCACGUGCGUCCUCCGUCCGGCUUCAGCAAAGGAGAUCGCUCGGAAAGGAAAGUCUGCAGCGCCGCAGUCUGACGACUCCAUUUCGAAGUCCGCCCGGAGUCAAACAUCGUCUGCUAGCAGCGAGGACACGACAGAAGGGUCUAUACCGCAGUGAUCUGAUGGAAAUAAAACAUUUUCACCAAAUCAA